AUGAGUGUUGAACCACCAGCUGAUGUCAAGACUGGGUCUCCAGCGGAUGUGAUGGGAUCAGGCCCUAUUUUUCCACAUUUGCAACAACAACAACAACAAAUAGUGAUCGAAAAUUCGAAGAUCGAUUACGAUGCCGAGGCAAAGAAGUUAGAGGACAAAGCCAGCAGGUUUUUGGCAAAACAGACGCACCCUGUUAUCAUUCCUUCAUUUGCUGCCUGGUUUGAUUUUGAUGAUAUCCAUGAAUUGGAAAGAAGAGCGUUGCCAAGUUUUUUCAACGAAUCGUCUCGUUUCAAGACUCCAAAGGCGUAUAAGGAUGUUAGGAAUUUUAUGAUAAACACAUAUAGGUUGUCUCCUUAUGAAUACUUGACAGUGACUGCCAUCAGAAGAAAUAUUGCUAUGGAUGUGGCAUCUGUUUUGAAAAUUCAUCAGUUUUUGGAGAAAUGGGGUCUAAUUAAUUAUCAAAUAGAUCCAAGAUCUAAACCAUCACUUGUUGGUCCUAGUUUUACCGGUCAUUUCCAGGUGGUACUUGAUACACCUCAAGGUUUGAAACCGUUCGUACCACCAGAGGUUACUGAGGCCGAAACGACUCCCGUAGGAUCAACGCCUGCAGUAGCAGAUGAUGCUGCGAAUGCCACAGCGGAGUCUGCAGAUGAUAACAAAGAGGAAAAGAAAUUGGAAUUCAAACGUCCAGAGCCAUUCCCAGUCAAUCUUUCUUUAAGAAAAAAUGUCUAUGAUACAAUCCAUGACUUCAAUGCUUUACGUCAACUCAAUUUACAAGCAAGGCAAAUCAAUAAACAAUACGUAUGCUUCAGUUGUGGUAACGAUGCCACUACAAUUCGCUACCAUAAUCUAAGAUCCAAAAAUGUCAACAUCUGUUCGCGCUGCUUCCAAGAAGGUCACUUCGGUGCGAAUUUUCACUCAUCAGAUUUUAUCAAGUUGACCGAAAACAGUACGGUAAGCAACAGUUCCUGGACCGACCAAGAGCUUUUAUUAUUAUUAGAAGGUUUAGAAAUGUAUGAAGACAAAUGGGACAAGAUUGUAGAUCAUGUUGGUGGAACGAAGACGCUAGAGAUGUGUAUUGAAAAAUUCUUAAGCUUACCUAUUGAAGACAAAUAUAUCAAUGAAAUAUUACCUACUCAAGGCUCUGUAAAGCACAAUCGUGAGAAGCCUAUAAGGACUACAGAUGCAAUUGAUGCAACUAUAAAAUCGCUACUUGAUGGACUAAACGAUAAAGUGUUACAUGAAGACGUUCCGAAAUCUGCAGAAAGGAUCUCAAAAAAGUACAUAGAAGAAUCGCAAGUUGUUGUACAAGACCUUGUCGAAAACACAUUGGAUAAGCUGGAUUUCAAAUUCCAGAAACUUGAUCAGCUAGAAAAAUCCAUGAAGGCUGAAAGAGAAAUUUAUCUCAAGGAGACAGAGAGGUUGGUAAAUGAAAGAUUAAAGCUGACCAAACAAAUAAAAGACAUAAACUCGCACUUAGCUGAACUACAGAUCACUAAGAGAAUUGUAUUAUCAUCAGACCAGAAGAGUGAAACUGAUAUCUCCCUAAUGGAGAAAGCAGAUGUCGAAGGUGAGACCGAGUUAAAGAAGAAUGAUGAAAUCGACAUUCAAAGUAUUUCUAAAUCUGAACCUCAGUUAUAUACCAAAUGGUCCCUAUAA